AUGGCAAAUCAUCAACAGUUGCAAUCGAUUCACAAUUCAAAGCAAAUUGCCGAAAUCAACUCAAACAAAAUGUUCAAGCUCGUUGCCUUCUUUGCCAUCCUUGCCGUCGCCGCUGCUGCUCCAGGCCUCAUCGCCACCAAGGUGGUGCAGCCCGUUGUGGUGCAGAAAGUGGUGCCGGUCGUACCCGUGGUAAAGACUGUGGCUGUGACUCCCGUUGUCAAAACUGUCGUCUCUCCCCUCGUCCACGUACACUCCGUCCCAGUGGUUAAGACCGCCUACGCCAGCUCUCCCCUCAUCUACUCCCACAUCCACAAGUGA